AUGGGAAGAAGUCAAUUCAGGAAAAAUAUACUUUUACGGAUCAUCGGUUCGUUGCUUUGCCUGUUUGUUAUUCUGUUAGGCGGAGGUUUAAGUGCUUUCACGGGAUAUACACUGGCUACUUUUGAAUAUAUGGGUGAAAUAUUCGGAAAAUAUGUAUUCUUCGGAGGAAUUUAUACUAUUCUGGCCUGUGGAAUACUAACUGUAUUAUUCGGUUUGAUCAGUUUUUACAGUUUCACACACACCAACCGAUUCACUGCCAUUGUGGCAUGUGUAGGUUUAAUAUUUCUCAGCAUUGUUAUCGGAUGUACAUCAGUGAUUGUUUUCGCCUAUCCAAAAACUAUGACAGAAUUGAUUUAUAAUCGAAUGACUGAUACAUUUCCAAGUUACGGUCAAGUAAUGACAAUAACAAACGCCUGGGAUUUUAUGCAAAGUUAUCUUAGAUGUUGUGCUCUACAAAAUCGUGGUUGGGUUGAUUACAAUCGAACUGUUUGGUAUAAAUUGACGAAUGCAGAUAUACAUUAUCAUGGGGAGCUGAUUCCACGCACAAGUGAUUAUUAUCAAUUUGUCCCGGAAUCAUGUUGUGUUACCUUAAUCGACGGUUUAACAGGCUUACCAUUACAAGUUUAUCGUAAUAAGAAACGUUGUAAAAAUUGGCAAUAUGGUCCACCUAUGUUUCAAGAUGGUCCACAUAAUGAUGCAUUGUAUUAUCGUGGUUGUUACCAUCUCUUUGUUGACUAUGUUAAUACAUACAGUCGAUAUAUUCUUGGAGUAGGAUUAACAGUUGCAACACUGUUGAUAAUUAUCUUCUUGCUACUUGUGUACACAGAACUAUUGACUGUUCCAAACUAUACACAAAAUUACUAUCCUAAUUCAUUAAAACAAAACCACGUCAAAUAA